AUGUCUCUUCGCCUGAGGAUGUUCAGGAAAGGUUCUGCCUUCAUCCAGACGCAGCAGCUGCACGCUGCCAUGGCCRACACCUKCCUGGAGCACAUGUGUCUUCUGGACAUCGACUCCGCCCCAGCCAAGUCUMKCAACACCGGAAUCAUCUGCACCAUCGGACCCGUCUCCCGAAAAGUGGAUAUGCUGAAGGAGAUGAUCAAAUCUGGGCUGAACAUUGCAAGAAKGAACUUCUCUCACGGAACUCAUGAGUACCAUGCUGAGACCAUCAAGAACGUCCGUGAGGCCACCGAGAGCUUCGGACAUGGAACCCUCGAGUACAGACCAGUGGCCAUCGCUCUGGACACCAAGGGACCUGAGAUCAGGACAGGACUGAUCAAGGGCACACCACACCCCACUCGCACCCCUCACCCUAAUGCCAGCACCCUAUCCUGA